GGUCGCAGCAUACACCAACCAGAACAGCAUCGACUGGAAGUUACCGUGUGUCCAACAGCCCUCCUCUCAGUGCUGAGUUCAGUAGAGAUUUGGCCAGACUGCCAGCUACCUGCAGCUAUGCAACCAGAGCCCAGUACAGACGCCUCAUAGACACAUACGGACACACUAUAUUCACCAGCAGCAGGGGUCCCGACCUGGAUUCCAAGUGUUGUCCUAAAGAGACUCAGAGGGGAACAGUGACGAUAACCAUGAUCCAAGCCUUUGGUCUGAAAGGAGAUUUUUGGGGCAAGACUGAGGGAUAUGUGAAGAUCUACUAUGACUACCCUAGGUACCAGACCAAUGUGAUCCGAUCUAACUCCCCCUCCUGGAUCACCUAUUACCGUCUGGAAAACGUGAAAACAAGCAGUCCUCUGAGGAUUGAAGUCUGGGACAAAGAUGCGUGGUUUGAUGAUUGGCUAGGAUCAUGUGUGAACUACCUGACUCAAGGUACAAACACAAUCAGAUGCUCCCUUCAGAGAGGCGGCACUGUUUUUGUCAACUACACUCUGACGUGUGACUGUCACCUGACUGGACCCACCUGUAACAAAUACCAACCAUCUCCACAGUGA